AUGAAGAAGAAAGAGUUUGAGACCUUGAGACUGGUGGAACAGAUCCUAACUGAAUUCCAGCUACGGGAAGAAGAUUUGAAGAAGGUGAUGCGUCGGAUGCAGAAGGAAAUGGAUCGAGGCUUAAAACUGGAGACGCACGAGGAGGCCUCGGUGAAGAUGCUGCCCACAUAUGUACGGUCCACACCAGAAGGAUCAGAAGUUGGAGAUUUCCUAUCUUUGGAUCUUGGAGGUACCAAUUUCCGAGUGAUGCUGGUCAAAGUGGGAGAUGAUGAGGAAGGGCAAUGGAAGGUGAAGACAAAACAUCAAAUGUACUCCAUUCCAGAAGAUGCCAUGACAGGAACUGCUGAAAUGCUCUUUGAUUAUAUUUCGGAAUGCAUCUCCGACUUCCUGGACAAACAUCAAAUGAAGCACAAAAAGCUGCCUCUGGGCUUUACAUUUUCCUUCCCGGUUCGACAUGAAGACAUUGACAAGGGCAUUUUGUUGAACUGGACAAAAGGCUUCAAAGCAUCUGGAGCUGAAGGGAACAACAUUGUGGAGCUUUUGAGAGACGCUAUCAAACGAAGAGGGGAUUUUGAGAUGGAUGUCGUUGCAAUGGUCAAUGACACAGUAGCAACGAUGAUUUCCUGCUAUUAUGAGGAUCACAGAUGUGAAGUUGGUAUGAUUGUGGGCACAGGCUGCAAUGCUUGCUACAUGGAAGAGAUGGAGAAUGUGGAACUGGUAGAAGGCAAUGAAGGACGAAUGUGUGUGAACACCGAAUGGGGCGCUUUCGGAGAGUCGGGAGAGUUGGAUGAAUUCCUCUUGGAGUAUGAUCGUGUGGUAGAUGAAACCUCACUUAACCCCGGUCAGCAGCUGUUUGAGAAGAUCAUAGGGGGGAAGUACAUAGGGGAGAUUGUACGACUGGUGCUGCUAAAACUGGUAAAUGAAAACCUACUCUUCAAUGGAAAAGCUUCAGAAAAGCUGAAGACCAGAGGAUCAUUUGAAAGUCGUUUUAUCUCACAGAUUGAAAGUGAUACUGGUGACCGCAAGCAGAUUUACAAUAUUCUAACCUCUUUUGAGCUGUUUCCCUCUGCAAUGGAUUGUGACAUUGUUCAGAUGGCCUGUGAGAGUGUCUCCACACGGGCUGCCCAAAUGUGCUCAGCUGGGCUGGCUGGGGUUAUCAAUCGCAUGAGGGACAGCAGGAACGAGGAGACGCUGAAGAUUACAGUGGGUGUUGAUGGGUCAGUCUACAAGCACCACCCUAGUUUCAAAGAGCGUUUCCAUGCAUCAGUCAGGCAACUCACUCCAGGCUGUGACAUCGCCUUCCUGCAGUCAGAAGAAGGCAGUGGACGAGGAGCCGCUCUCAUUUCUGCUGUAGCGUACAAAAUGGCUUGCAUGAUUGGCCAAUGAAAUGGACUAUGAAAGGAAAGCUGUCUCUAGGAAAGCACCUCUUCUUCUCAGUGACCAGGAUGUGUUCUUUUGGGGUGUGCCAGGAACAGGACCAGUAGGAGGAAAUUAUUCCUGGGGAGUUGAAUGACCACUGGAUAGAACGAUGGCUGGAUCAACAUUGGGUUCCUCCUAACUUCUAUUUGUAGAGAAUGCAAUUAUUCUUUCAAACAUCAACUUUUCCUUUUUCUUCAAAUUCUCCUAUAAUGUAUGAAGGCGGGAGGGGGAUAUGGGUUAGAGUUUAAGUAAUGAAUUGAGGGGUGUUCAAUUUAUAUAUUAAAACAAUUCAUUUAGUUCUAUGGUGGUGUUGAGUGAACAGGAAGGAAGUUAAUUUGUUGGGGUGGAAAAUUGCUCAACAAAAAGAUCUUGACCAAUCAGUCAAUAAGAAGAGUAAACCAAAAAUUGUUUUUCCCAGUGAAAUGAUCAUUGGAGCCUUGCUUUAUAGAAUGCAGAGCAUUGCACGUAGAAGAUAGCAAAGGAAGAUAUCAAGUCUAAAGUGUAGAAUCAUCCAAAAUGUGCCACUGGUUUCUUUAGAAAAUUUGAUUCUAAGGAGAUUAAAACAAAGGUCCGUAUCAACGUGUGGUGGCUAGAUAUGAUCUCCAUUUCAAUGUUUCUAGGAAAUGUUGAUGCUGAUUUUCUUCCUCAGGUAGCUCUUAAUUCUGUCUUAAUGUGAUUCGGGCUAUAUUAUCUCCCCACUUGCGUUCAACCACAGCACAAAGAUCUCCUGCCGUAAGAACCACUUUUUUCCACUGGAUUCACAUGGCACUGCCUUCAUCUUGUCCCUAACCCAUUUGAGACUGACAUAUUCAUGGUUAGCCACAAAUAGUUUCUCCUUUCCUUUGACAGAUGCCUUGAAGCUGCUCCUGCUAAAAUCUGUUAGACUUUGUCACCCUUGUCUUGGAGAGAACUCAGGGCGAUGACUGGGAUCAAAGACAUAAGAAGCAAUAAAGGGAUCACAAAUGAGAAUGGCCAAAUUCAUAUUCCUUAUAGUUUUCUGCCAGCUCAACCAUGGAUGGAACUCAACUGACAAACAGAGAAAGGCCCUAAGUGAAUGUGUCAAAUCUGAACUUGAGAUACCAUCUCCAGAAAUAGCACAACCCAGAUAUUUGAAGUUUCAUUUGCUUUCAUGAAAUUCCAGAUCUAGGUCAAAUCCAGGAGGCCUGAAAACAAACAGGUUAUUCUCUAUACCAAUAUGACACUAGAAGAGUGGGAGAGAGGCAGAGUGACAGGUUCAUUAUACAUCUGGCUGAAUCCAGGGGUUAAAUUUUUCCCUAGUGAACGUGAAUGUGGGCUUAGGUAGGAUCACUUGUGUUGGGUUUAAUAGAGUUAAUCUAUUUGCAGUAGAGGUUAAUUGCCAUUUCAGUGUGAUUGCCCAUAAAACAUUAGACACCACACUGCCUAUUGUUAACAAGCAUUGGAGGAGUCUUGGCAGAGUAUAAAAAGUCAGUUCUGGAGCACCAUAUCCUUAUCAUUUCCUGAUUCUCUUUUUAGCUUUCUUUUUUUAGCUCUGGUUCUAUUUUUAGAGACUAAGAAAAAUAGAAAUCGCAAUACUUCCUCUAAAAACGUAGAUCCCAGACUGUUAUUUGCUAACUAUGAAAAGGUUUUGCAAUUUCCCUACAUGGCUGAAUUUGGGCUAAGCAAUGAUUUGUUGAUAUCUAGAUAAUAAGCCAAUUAAUGUGGAUGGGUUGCAGUUGGACAAAAAUGCCAGUUAGUAAAGACAAGGAUGAUAUGCGUUGCAGUGGCUGAAAUUGAUGAUUGGGUGAACGCUAUAAAGAUUCUAGUCCAGAUGUAUUUGAGAUGAAGUAAAGAAAGAUGUAUGGGUAGAGUAAUGAAAAAAGUGGGGGGAGAUCCUGGAGCAAUUUGUAUGAAACAUUGGCUAAGGUUAAAAAUGUACAGGCCCUUGUCAUAAAAUCAAAAAAGAUAAAUCAGAAAGAUAAAUUGAUGAGCAGGUCAGAAACAGACAACAAACUGUUGACAACAGACACAUCUAUUUCCUGGAUGUUUAGCAAAGAUAGGCUGGAAUACAAACAUACUUGCACAGUUUAAAAGCACACAUAAUUCUGCUUUUUUAAUGGAAUAUCUUGCCAAUCUCCAUUCCUCCUAUUGAGUUUUUGGUCAUACAGUUGCUUGGCUUAGGCACACUUGCUUUCUUAUCACUGGCAUAAUAUUGUUUAUUUUCCUGUUUUGUUUUACUUCUGAAUCCUGCUAUUUUUUCAUAGUUUUGGGGGGUCUUUUAUAUUAAAAUAAAUUAAAAUAUGGGUAAAAAUUA